AUGGCGAAUCGAUGGACACCUUGCGGUCUGCUCCUGCUGCAGCUGCUGCAGUUGCUGGUGGGCGGCGUUUCGGGCUUUCCGGACGGUGCGCCGGCGGAUACGUGCGUUAAGCAGCGCGCCAAUCAGCCCAAUCAUGGCAAGGCGCGCACCCAGCCGGCGCACACGAAUCCGUUCGAGGUGGUCGCCAGCUCGCAGACCUUUCAUCCCGGCCAGCAAAUCUCGGUGGUCAUCUAUGCACAGGAACAGCAUGAGGCGACCACAUUUCGCGGCUUCUUUCUGCAGGCACGCGAUGCCAAUUCGAACGAAUGGAUUGGCGAAUGGGAGCAAAGCGAGAACACCAAGACGAUACCCGAAUGCUCGGCCAUAACGCAUUCGGACAAUCGGGAUAAGUUGGGCGCCAAGCUGAUCUGGAAGGCGCCCCAAAACAAGCGGGGCAAUGUCUACUUUACCGGCACUGUGCUAAAGGAUUACGGAAACUUCUGGAGCGAUAUUGUGGGCAAGGUGCAAGCGCAGCCCCAAUAGGCUGCAAACCGAAUUGUGCAUUAAAUGUUGCAAUAAAUCAUAAACACUUAAUUUAGUAGAAAAGAAAAAAAAUAAAACA